CGAAGGUCGAAUGUCUCUCCGCAGCCGGCCCGUGAAGCCGGCGGCUGCGAGAACGCGGCGGCCGAGGAGGAGGGAGAGGGCAGUCGGGGACAGGCCGGGCGCCCCUUUCCGAGGCUGACGGCCCCUGGCUACGCGAGAGUCAUGGCAUCGCUGGCGGAUCGAGUACGGGGCAACGGGCGCAUCGCGGCCGGGCUCCUACUCAAUCUACUGGUGUCCAUCUGCAUCGUGCUCCUUAACAAAUGGGUCUAUGUCCACUACGGCUUCCCCAGCAUGAGCCUGACCCUGGUUCACUUCGUGGUCACUUGGCUGGGCUUGUACGUCUGCCAGAAGCUGGACAUCUUUGCCCCCAAAAGUCUGCCGCCUUCCAAGCUCCUCCUCCUGGCCCUCAGCUUCUGUGGCUUCGUGGUCUUCACCAACUUAUCUUUGCAGAAUAACACCAUAGGCACCUAUCAGCUGGCCAAGGCCAUGACCACGCCGGUAAUCAUAGUCAUCCAGACCCUCUGCUACAAGAAAACCUUCUCCACCAAAAUACGGCUCACGCUGAUUCCUAUAACUUUAGGUGUAAUCCUAAAUUCUUAUUACGAUGUGAAGUUUAAUUUCCUUGGAACGGUGUUUGCUGCUCUUGGUGUUUUAGUUACAUCCCUUUAUCAAGUGUGGGUAGGAGCCAAACAGCAUGAAUUGCAAGUAAACUCGAUGCAGCUGCUGUACUACCAGGCCCCGAUGUCGUCUGCCAUGUUGCUGAUCGCUGUGCCCUUCUUUGAGCCAGUGUUUGCAGAAGGAGGAAUAUUUGGUCCCUGGCAAAUGUGCAAUACCAACAUGUCUGUGUCUACUGAUGGUGCUGUAAGCACCUCACAGAUUCCAGCUUCGGAACAAGAGACCCUGGUUAGACCAAAGCCAUUGCUUUUGAAGUUGUUGAAGUCUGUUGGUGCACAGAAGGACACUUAUACUAUGAAAGAGGUUAUAUUUUAUCUUGGCCAGUAUAUCAUGACUAAACGAUUAUAUGAUGAAAAACAACAACAUAUUGUAUAUUGUUCAAAUGAUCUUCUAGGGGAUUUGUUUGGAGUCCCAAGCUUCUCUGUGAAGGAGCACAGGAAAAUAUAUACAAUGAUCUACAGAAAUUUGAUAGUAGUCAGUCAGCAAGAACCAUCAGAUUCAGGCACAUCUGUGAGUGAUAACAGGUGUCACCUUGAAGGUGGGAGUAAUCAAAAGGACCUUGUGCAAGAGCUACAGGAAGAGAAACCUUCAUCUUCAGAUACGGUUUCUAGACCGUCUACCUCAUCUAGAAGGAGAGCAGUUAGUGAGACAGAAGAAAAUUCAGAUGAAUUACCUGGUGAACGACAGAGAAAGCGCCACAAAUCUGAUAAUAUUUCCCUUUCCUUUGAUGAAAGCCUUGCUCUGUGUGUAAUAAGGGAGAUAUGUUGUGAAAGAAGCAGUAGCAGUGAAUCGACAGGAACUCCAUCAAAUCCGGAUCUGGAUGCUGGUGUAAGUGAACAUUCAGGUGAUUGGUUGGAUCAGGAUUCAGUUUCAGAUCAAUUCAGUGUAGAAUUUGAAGUUGAGUCUCUUGAUUCAGAAGAUUAUAGCCUGAGUGAAGAAGGACAAGAACUCUCAGAUGAAGAUGAUGAGGUAUAUCGAGUUACUGUGUAUCAGGCAGGUGAGAGUGAUACAGAUUCAUUUGAAGAAGAUCCUGAAAUUUCCUUAGCUGACUAUUGGAAGUGUACUUCAUGCAAUGAAAUGAAUCCUCCCCUUCCACCUCAUUGCAACAGAUGUUGGGCCCUUCGUGAAAAUUGGCUUCCUGAAGAUAAAGGAAAAGAUAAAGGGAAUAUGUCUGAGAAAGCCAAACUAGGAGACUUGAUGCAAGAAGACGAGGGCUUUGAUGUCCCUGACUGUAAGAAAUCUACUGUCAGUGAUUCCAGAGAAUCAUGUGUUGAAGAAAAUGAUGAUAAAAUCACACAAGCCUCUCUGUCUCAAGAAAGUGAGGACUAUUCUCAGCCAUCGACUUCUAAUAGCAUCAUUUAUAGUAGCCAAGAAGAUGUCAAAGAGUUUGAGAGAGAAGAAACACAAGACAAAGAAGAAAGUAUGGAGUCUAGUUUUCCCCUUAAUGCCAUUGAACCUUGUGUGAUUUGCCAGGGUCGACCUAAAAAUGGUUGCAUCGUCCAUGGCAAAACAGGACAUCUCAUGGCAUGCUUUACCUGUGCAAAGAAGUUAAAAAAAAGGAAUAAGCCCUGUCCAGUAUGUAGGCAACCAAUUCAAAUGAUUGUGCUAACUUAUUUCCCCUAGUUGAACUACCUGUAAAAACAGAAUUAUAUAUUAUAGGCCUAAAAAUUUAGACCUGAAAUUUAUUUUUAUUUUUUUAGCUGUAUUAAAGCAAGAUAAUACCUUACAUGUAGAUCUCUCCCAAUAGUGAUUAUUCCUUUUAGGAAAAUGCCUAUUCUGUUGCUAUUUUAUAUUUGGCUUUCAGUGUAAUUUAGAUUGGAUUUAGUACCUUUCAUGUAAAAAAAAAGUUCCUGUGAAAGAUUUAAUAUUUAAAUUUUAGAUACUCUUUAAUGUUCUAAUCCUUCAUUUUUGUAGUCUUUCAGAGAGACUUAAAGUACAGUAAGCCUCCUACAUGUGAAGAUUUGCAACCUUUAAGUUGCGAACUUUCAAAGACGCAAACAAGCAUUUGCAUACUCAGCCACUAAGUUCACGUAUCUUUUAUACAUUGUCACAUGCAUCCAUCCUCUGCAGCCGGUGCUUUUGUAUAUACUGUACACUACUGUGCAGAGUACAGUGGUACAGUAUUUUUUAUUUCAAGCUCAGGAUGUCCAGAAGCAAGUGUAAAAGCAGGAGGGAUAUAGCUGUUACUGCUGAGAAGCACCAAGUGAGGAGAAAGAAAUGGCAAUCCACUCCAGUAAUCUUGCCUGGAAAACCCAUGGACAGAGGAGUCUGGCAGGCUACAGUCCAUGGGGUUGCAAGAGUCAGACAUGACUUAGCAACUAGACCAUCUACCACUACAAAGUGAAUAUAUGCUUAAAGAUAAUGUCUGAAAAGGAUAUUUGUUAUAUAUUACCUAAUUUUUUGGUGGGAGGGUGGGAAUCAAGGAAGACUAGGGGUUAUUUUUUCAUCAGCUUCCAUUUCAUACUUAUUUAUAAUGGCCAUUAUUUUUACCAAUACUGUAAAACUAUGAAAAUGAAUAAAAUACUCAAAGUUUCAUAUAGCCGAAAAAAAAAAAGCAGCAAGUGGUAACUGGGCACGAAAGUGAAAACAGUUGAGAGAGUGGACUGACAAGAGGAAAAAUGUAGCUGAAGAACCAAAGAGGUUCACAACACAGGAAAUGGCAUGGGGAUUUUCUUUGAGGAGGCACCUUUCAUUGUUGAGACACAGGAGCUAAAUGUAGAACAGUACACGAAGCAAGAAGGUCGCAGCAGCCAUUCAGAAUGCAGUCCAGUGUUACCAUGUCAUUUUAUGAUGAGAAAAAACAGCUACCACCCAGACAUCCCUGGAUCGUUUUUCCAAGAGGGUAGAUAGAGUUGAAUCUAGUGAGGAACCAGAACCUGUGCCAUCAGCGUCAAGCAUGAGUGCAAUUGCAGCCUGCUUCUGUCCCCGGUUGCUGGCCAUCCUUCAGCCCCAACGUCUCCCUCCAGUCAGUAACUCUUCUUGCCUAUUCACUUGGUGCCAAUGCCUGCGUACCAGCUGAAUUGUACUAGUAUAAUGUACUGCUGUAUUUUUUUAAGGUACUGCUCUGUAAGAUAAAAAAUUUUAUUUUUUUGUGGUUUUAUGUAUUAUUUGUGUGAAAAGUAUUAUAAACCUAUUACAGUAUAGUA